AUGCUUCUCCUUCUUCUCCCUUUCUUCGUAGGUUUUGUGGAGACUGCGAAGAAGACGACGACUGUCGAUGUACGACAAUUCAAUUUGGACGAGGUCGGUGGAUAUCGAACUGAUCAGGUCACUCUUGAACCCGCUCCAAAACCUCCAUUCCUUAUCAAUGCCACAUCAGAAGCUAUCGAACAGUUCAUGGCAAUUUAUAGGACUCCAGGGAUUGCACAAGUUAGGAAGAUGACAGAAUUGGAUGUUCUGGUGGGAACCCUUCGUACAGAAGUCCAACAAUCUUAUAAUGCAUACAAGGCAGAGUCAAUUCUUCUGAAAUUGGCACAAGAUGAGAGGUUACAGGAGAUUGCAGAGAAGACCCACUACACAAUAGUCCAUCUCCAAGCGAUGAAGAAUACAAAAAUGGGAACAAACGAACGAAAAGCGAGAACUGAGAUGAUGUUCUCAGAGUUCAGUGAUUUCGUUGUGUCUGCCGUCAGCGAUGAGAUGAGUAAUAUUCUGGAUUUGGUGAUGAGACAGAUGUUGAGAGCCAUUCUGUUUACAGAGAAGCUUACUGUAUAA